UCCCCUCCGUCUCCUCUGCAAGAGACCAACUCGCUGAACCCUAAUCCCCCUUCCCAAAUCAAGCCGGCCGCCCGCCUUCCCUCCCUCCUCAUGGCGCCCAAGCAUCUUCCUCCGGAGUCCCUCCCGCGGCGCAUCCCCACCGGCGGCUUCCACCCGAUCACGAUCCACGUCCGCGUCAACAGGGACGGCACGUACCUCCCGAGGUACCUCCCCGUGACGGGCGGGCCGUUCCGGGACUUCGCGGAUCUCGAAGACGCCGUCCGCGCGCGCUACGCCUCCAUCUACCUCAACUGGCAUCGCCGGAGGAAGCCCAACGACCCGCCGCCGCCUUCAACCGAUAGGAUUUUCCAGUUCGAGUUCGUGGUGGCGGAGGUGAAGCAGGCUUCACCGCCCGCGGUGCAGAGGCCGCAGGAACCUGCUGCAGAUGUGUCGUCGCUCAAGCAGUCGCUGAGCGCUACAACACUGGAGGAGAAAUCGCCCGCCGUUUCCUCUGGGCAUCUGCCGGAUCAGGACACUGUUAUGGCCUCGGCACCAUCACCUCCUGGGUCAGGCAUUUGGGAACGGCUGCGACGUGACUGGGGAAUGUUGUAUUACAUCAGGGUCGAUCACGGGGGCUCUUUCCACACGUAUCCUUAUGCUGGCGGGCCGUAUCAGAGCCUAGAUGAAGCUGACAAAGCCAUGGAUCGCUACUUUCUUGAACACAGGGACCCAAAACUGUUAAUGCACCAAGGCGGGGUUUCUUCACUGGAAAUGGCCAUAGAAGCAGCUCUUUACUGGCCUGAUGGCGCAAGGAAGCGUUCAAAAUCAGAUCACGCUGAGAGAGUCCGUAAUGGAAGCCGCCAAUUACUUCAAGCUUUGGUGGACAAGCAUAACGAGGAUCACAAUCUUUUGGGGGAUUUUGCGUAUGAACUCAAAGAUGUUGUGGAGUGCAAAGUAUUCAGUGAGAAGCGUGGGUGGUACUAUCAUCUCAAUUUCACUUUGACUAAAGGAGCUGAUAGUGGCAUCGAAGAUCUAUUCUUUGUCGAAGUCAAAUAUGUGCGACCAGUAAAACAAGAACUGUCGGUCAGCUGCUUCUGCAUGAUUAAACCUACCGAUAAUGGACACUGCUAUGGCUGUACCAACAAUGGAAGUGUCAAUAUGAAGCACCCCAACAGUGCGGAUGAAUACACUGGUGGUCACUUGGAUGUUGGUAUGCCAUUUGGAUGCUAUUCAGACUGGAGCUACUGGGAUUAUAACGAUCUGGAAGCCAAGAAGAAAGAGCUCAGAGCUGUGUUCACGGGCGUUGAUCCUGAGGUGAAGGAAGUCUCCACGGUGCCUCCGAAUGCAUUUUUGCAGGAGGGCAGCAGAGAGGAGCUUUGUAUAUGAGAGCCGAGAGCUGGACCCAGCACAAGAAGUUGGAGACCCAAGUAGCUUUGCUCUUUCCUGUUUGCAAGACACAAAGCAAAUAAGAAUAGUCUCUGUUGCCACUGGGUAGAAAGCUACGCUGACAAAUUGAGCAGGAUUUCCUUCCUAGCGCCUAUUGUUAGCUCCCCUGUUGGCCUUGUUACUUUAUUAUUAUUACCUAUAUAUAUAUACUUCGUUUGUGUGGUCAGUAUCAUUCUAAGUUUCGCUGUACUGAUAAUGCGUCUGCUUUACUGUAAAUAAAUUGAGAUUUUCUGUAAUACUAUCUAUUGGGUUGACAAUGCGGCUGUGUUUGGUUGA